GAUACGAUAUCAAAGUGUAUAUCAUCAUUUCUUUUGAUUUCUCUCUAGUUAACAGUUUUACAUAUAUUGAGGCCAAUGCUCAUACACGCACAAGACAAAUGAAUAUUUCAUCUUUCAUUAACUGAGCUCGUUCAAAAUUACAGUUUGCAUUGUUAUUGAAUUUAUUUUUUGUGAAAAAUACAAUUUUUUUAAUACUGAUGAAGUAGUGGAAAAAAGCAGAAAUCAAUGUUUCCAAAGCUAGGAUUAAUUGUGGCCUUUUUACAUGUAAUAGUGAAUGCUGAUAAAUCUGGUAUUCCCAACGAUUCGCAAUCACCUGUAGCAAAUGAAGUUGAAGAUGAACGUUUAAAUGGCAGCAUUCCCAAAACACCCCGUCUAUAUCUGGCUUGCGAUCGCGAAAAAUCACUCUUGAGGCGUCAUCCUUGGAUCUAUUCCGGCGCCGUAGAUCGUGUGGAAGGGAGAGUGCGAUCGGGAGCAACCAUCGACAUUUACGACGAUAAGGGUAAUUGGUUGGCCCGGGCAUCUUGGUCGCCCCUAUCGCAAAUUCGGGCCAGAGUAUGGAGCUUCAUUGAGGACGAGCAAAUCGAUGUAAACUUCUUCCUGCACCGGCUGAAGGUUGCUCAGCGUCUACGCACAUCACUGGCUACUCGGGAUAGUCUCGAUAGCUAUCGCCUGAUCUCAGGCGAAUCUGAUGGUUUGCCUGGUAUCGUUAUCGAUCGCUACGGUGAUUUUUUAGUUCUGCAAUUGCUCUCUUCGGGGGCCGAAUACCAUCGUGAAAACUUAUUGAAGGCGCUCAAACGUUGCUAUCCGAAGUGCUCCAUAUACGAACGUUCCGAUGUGGCAGUGCGGAAAAAAGAAGGUCUGCGGAAAACUCAAGGGGUUAUUAGCGGCGACCAGCCACCACAUUUGCUCCACAUUCGCGAACACGAUAUGUCCUUCUUGGUGGAUAUUGUCCAAGGCCAUAAGACUGGUUUCUAUCUUGAUCAGCGCGAUGGCCGGAUUGCCGCUCGUAAAUACGCUAUAGGGCGUCGGGUUCUAGACUGUUUCAGCUACACCGGUGGCUUCUCCGUAUCGGUGAUGAAAGGAGGCUGUCGCGAAGUCAUCAACGUUGACACCUCUCAGCAAGUGUUGGACAUAGCGAAGCAGAACCUGGCACUGAAUAGGCUUGAUAUGUCACGUGCUCGAUUCGUCCGGGAUGAUGUUUUCCAAUUGCUGAGACGGUACCGUGAGGAGGGCGAAACGUUUGGUAUGAUUAUCCUAGACCCACCCAAGUUUGCUGAAAAUAGGAACCAAUUGGCCAGCGCUUGUCGUGGCUAUAAAGAUAUUAACAUGCUGGCGAUGCAACUGCUGGAGCCGGAGGGUAUCCUGAUGACGUUUUCAUGCUCUGGUCUGAUGACUACUGAUCUGUUUCAGAAAAUUAUUGCGGAUGCUGCCCUUGAUGCUAAACGUGAGAUUCAGUUUAUUGAGCAGUUUCGACAGGCUGCCGACCAUCCGGUAGCUGGUGCUCAUCCUGAAGGGUUGUAUUUGAAGGGAUUCGCUUGUCGGGUCGAGUAAAUCAUAGCUGUGUAGACUGUGUCCUUGAAUUCACCUGCAGUCCUGCAGGUCUUAUGAUUGGCAGAAAAUUUAACGUGGGGCUUGUUGUGGCAGCAGGUCCUGCAUAAACUGCAGUGGUACGAGUAGGUAUCUGGAGAUCAUGAUUAAUGUGAAUUCAGAGUACUCUCAGGACUCAAGAGAAGUCUUCGCUGGAUGACAUUGCGACUGAAAGCUGACGAUAGCUUGCGUACUGCUCCUUGGUGCCGCAAGAUUAUUGAAGAUGAGUAGGGAUGCAGCUGGCAUAUGGAUUGUUUCCCCUCCAUGGCUGAUUGGCUGAAUCCAUCAGUUCCAGAUUCAUACACCUCACCGGACUUUUCCCGUCUUUAGGGACCCAUGUUUGAAUCCUAAUAUUUUUAGCUGAACAUUUAUUGGCUUAAUCCAGCUCACUUUCACUCUUCAGUUUUCUGCCACCAGUAAAAAUAAAUACAUAUACUUAUUCCAGUCUCAGUCAAGGGGGAAUUUUUGAACAGCGAUCCAUCAACACAUUUAUCUAUUCCGUCAUUUUUGGGCAGCAUUGCCAAUUCCUCGUUAGGAUUGCAAAACGAAAACCAUUUCCAAUGCAAUGGUUAUGUACCCAAUGGCAAUACCCAAAUCCUCGAACAGAUGUAAUUGCUGUUUUUUUUUCUUCUCCAGAUUUAUAAAUAAAUCCUGAUAGCUUUUUUGUGAAUUUGAAACUUAUGUUCAUUAUGAAAAUGUUCAACUAUCAAUUUUAGAAGUUUUCAAACAAGAUUUUGAAUCAUUA